AUGAUCGAGUCCGAUACGGUUCAGACUGCGGGUGCUUACGUUCGGGACCUGGGCGAUCUCGAGAUUGGACCCAGCACCCUCCCGUCUUCAUCAGCACAACCGAGUCUUGGUAGUGAAGACCCUAUUUCCUAUCUCUAUCUAACACUCGACACUCCCCUACCAUCACCACCCUCAUCAGGCUCAAAUCCUACACAAGAUCUCCCACCAUGCCCAGAUCUUCGACCCUACGCUUCACCCUUCACGUUGCCGCGAGCACGGAAAAACAUCUUCCUCGCGCUCUCGUGUAUCGCGACAAUGCUGACUGCAUAUACUGCUGGAACCUACUCUCCACCAUCGAGAGCAAUGGCUAGAGAUAUCGGGGCAAGUCAUACAGCUACACUCGUCGGCAUCACGACCUUCUGUGCUGGUUUCGCUAUUGCGCCAAUGGCUCUCGCCCCCAUUUCUGAGAUCUGGGGUAGACGUCCUGUUUUUAUCCUCGCUGGUUUUGUGUUCGUCAUCUCCCAAGCUGUCUGCUCUGUCAUGCCUAACUUGGCUGGCAUGUUGAUCGCCCGCUUUUUCAUUGGUGUCGGCGGUUCCGUCUUUAGUUCAGUCGUCGGCGGUGUCAUUGCUGAUCUGUGGGAGAAAGAGGAGAGGAAUACCCCGAUGGCUCUUUUCAGUGGCUUUGUACUGUUUGGAACAGGCCUUGGACCUUUGGUGUCUGCUGCUUUCGUCAACGAUCUUGAAGAUGAUACGAUGGCUUGGAAGUGGUCGUUCUGGCACCAAGUCAUUCUUGAUGGACUGUUGCUGGUCGCCAUCUUGAUCUUGUUCAAAGAGACACGGGGCUCGGUUCUGCUUUCUCGCAAAGCUAAGAAGUUGAACCAGUGGUAUCAACAGCUGGAGGAUGCAGGUGUAUAUGGACUUUGGGUAACCGACCCUCGGGAAGAUACCUGCAGCUCGUCAUCUUCAAGCGUCAAGACCAUGCCAGGACAUGAGACGAUGCUUGAGUACAACAGACCAACACAACUACGAAGAAUACGAUGGCUCGUUGAAGCAGACGAACAACGACCCCCUCUUCGACAAAUGAUGGCUACCUCCAUCAUGCGACCCUUCUACCUCUUGUUCACAGAACCAGUUGUAUUCUCCUUUUCCCUCUGGGCUGCCUUCUCCUGGGCUGUCCUCUACCUGUCCUUCUCCAUCGUGCCGUAUCUCUACUCAGACAACUACAACAUGUCGAUGCGCAUCUAUGUUGCGAUGAUGGCAUCUGCUAUUAUCGCGACUGUGGUCGGCAUUCUUCAAGAGAACUUGAUGAAACAUCCUUUCUGGAGCGGACACGUAGACGAGAAGGAGGUUUCCCGCUUCUGGCGAUUUAUGAGGAAGCAUUUCCCUGCUGAUUCUCCCGAGGCACGACUUUACUUCUCCUGUCUCACUGCCCUCUUGCUCCCCGCUGGCUUAUUCGUCGCGUUCUUGAGUCCCAUUAGCACGAGUCACUAUACACAAGCUAUUGGUAUUGGCUUCGCAAAUUGGGGUAUUUACUCUGUCUACCUUGCUACGUUCAACUACCUUGCUGAUACAUAUCACAUGUACGCCUCUUCAGCCCUUGCUGCCCAGAGUUUCUGUCGCAAUGUGCUUGGUGGCAUAUUCCCUGUAUUGACUGGCAUCAUGUUUGACAAUCUCGGUUUGAGAAACGCAGGUUCUGUGUUGGGUGGUAUUGCUUCAGUUCUGACACUCAUUCCAUGGAUUCUGGUGUUUUUUGGAAGCAGAAUUCGGGCCAGGAGCAAGUUUGCGAUCUCUCUACAAAAACAGUGA